AUGCCUUACCCUCGUCUCUCGUCCCAUUCUUUCCGCAUUCUUCCCCCUCUCUCCCCAUCUCCCCAUCAGGAGACAGCAGCAUGUGUGGCGGUUCUGGCGGCGCGAAAUGCCGCAUCUCACAGACCCGGCGCAUAUCCCACCCGCGCACUCAUCCCUUUCCCCCGUCCCCCCCAACCCCCUCAGAAGACAGGAGCAUGUGCGGCAUUGCUGGCGGCGCUAAGGGGCUUCCCCUCGUCGCUGGAGACAGCAGCAUGUGUGGCGCUACUGGCGGCGCUGAGGGGUUUCCCAUCGUCACUGGUGAGGAUCCGCCUGGAGACAGCAGCAUGUGUGGCGGUUCUGGCGGCGCUGAGGGCCCUCGUCGCUCGUGGCGAACAAAAGGGGCGUGCGGAGGACGCUUUUGAGUCGACUCAAAAGUUUUCCCCCCAUCCCCUUUCUCAGGAGACAGCAGCAUGUGUGGCGGUGCUGGCGGUGCUGAGGGGCUUCCCCUCGUCGCUGGUGAGGAUCCGCCUGGAGAGUGAGAGGGGCGUGUGGCGGGCGCGUGCCAGCCUCGUGGCAGAGGCGCCUGAUGCUCUGCCCUACAACAUACAGGUGCGUGCACUUUUGAGGCGCCUCAAAAGUAAGAUCCGCCUGGAGAGUGAGAGGGGCGUGUGGCGGGCGCGUGCCAGCCUCGUGGAAGAGCCGCGCCGCCUGACCCACUGGCUGACAACAUGCAGUGUCAGCCAGAGGUGCCUGGCUUGGCCCUCGCUGGAGCAGCACCACACGAGCCAGUGCCUGCAGGCCCUCGCCCAGGCCGUCCUCAUGUUUCUUGAUAACACAGCCAUGCUGCUAUGCAAGCUGGAGAGUCAGUGUGAGGGCCAUGGCAUGAGGCUGCUGGAGCUCAAGCGCUGGAGUGAGGGGGCAGCAAGUAUGAGUGUGACUGGGUGUUACCAAUCUCUCACUCCAUGCAUUGCUGCUUGGCAGCCUCGCCCCUCCUCCCUGAAUGUCUCUUUCUGUACUGCCAGACAGCCCGUAGUGGACGGAGUGAGGGUGCUCGCUCACACCCAUCCCCGUAGCGGAUGGGGUGAGGGUUCUCACACCCAUCGUGAGAGGGGUGGAGUGGAGGACGUCAGAGUCGAAAACAAGUGUUCCCCCCACAAAUCUUCCUUCUGUGUGUCGCAGCCCGUAGCGGACGGGGUGAGGGUGCUGACGCCCUUCGUGAGAGGGGUGGAGGACGAAGGAUGGGGAUCCACAGAGGUUCUCGACGUGCUGCAUGCAGCGGUAGGCAGAGAGGGGUAUGCAGCGAAUUCCCCUCGUUCUCUCCCUCCUCGUUCUCUCCCUCCUCGUUCUCUCCCUCCUCGUUCUCUCCUCUUUCAAUCCAUCCACCCAUUCCCUCCCAUCCCACAUCUAACCCCUGUCCGACUUCCUUCCCUUCCACCCGCUUCCCUUCCUGCCCAGUCCACCCGACCAGAUGUGAGGGAGGCGGAGGGUCUCAUUCGCUUUGUGCUGCAAGCUACAUGCGCCCCCUAUCUUCACCUCCUCUCCUCGUACGUGUCACCUCUGCACCUCCUUUUACCCCAUUGUGGAUGCAGGAGGGGCGAUUGGACGACGACAUUCGCAGAGAGUUCUUCAUUUCCGCAUGCACCACUGCUCCAGCCACUACAGCUGCCACCCCACCUCCCCUCCUUUCUUUCCAUGCGCCCCCUCCCCUCCCCUCCUAGGUGGAUGCAGGAGGGGCGACUGGACGACGACAUUCACGGCGAGUUCUUCAUUGCUGCAUGCACCACUGCUUCCACAGAUACACACACAGCUACCACUGAUGCUCAUGCUGAACCCACCAAUUCCACCACGCCUGUCACGGGGCAAGGGGAAUGGCGGGGUGCAGAGGGGUGGGAAGGGGCGAAAGUGGAAGGGCAGCGGUUUGUAUUGCGGUGCGAUGCGGUGCCGGUGCUGUUCCGGUCGGUGGCUGACGAUGUCCUGGCCACGGGGCAGCUGGUGCAUGCGCUGAGGGAGCAUGGUUACUUGAAGCAGGUGGGUGGGUGGUGUGGGUGGGGUGCAAGGAGGUGGAAUGUGGUGCCAGUGCUGUUCCAGUCGGUUGCUGAUGAUGUGCUGGUGACAGGGCGGUUGGUACAUGCGCUCAGGCAACAUGGGUACUUGAAGCAGGUGGGUGUGUGGUGUGUGGGUGGGGUGCAGAGAGGUGGAAUGAGUGCAAUGAGAUCGACCCCUUUCCACAUCCUCGCUCUGGUAUGCGCUGAAGGGAGCAUGGUGGGUGGGUGGGUGCAUGGUGCGCCUUGUAAAGCCUCUGCUUGGGUCAACACUCCCUCUCCCUUCUCCUCUCCUCCCUUUUACACACCAAAGCUGACUCCGUCAGCGGAAGAGGCAGAACGACCACAGAUGCAGCUGGACAGUCUAGAGGAGAGCGUGGGUGCGCGCACGCAGGCAGUGCAGCAAACCAUGCUAGACCUCACAUUGAACAAGGUAGAGCCACCUACUGGGGCACCUGCUCACCGUCAGACGAGUGCUGCUGCUCUCCCAGGCAAGCUGACUUGCGGACGCCAUGGCACUGGUGGGGGAGAAGUGGCCCUCUGCAGGCGACCCGUGCUCCUCUCAUCAUAUGCCGUCCUUCCUUGGCGCCGCUUCAUCAAGUGUUUCCUCGUUCCCUUCUCCCCACCCUCCUUUCCUCAACCCCCGUCACUAGGCAGACUUCCUGCGGACUUCCUGUCAGAUUUCAUGGCGCUGGCAGGCGAGGAGCUCUGCAAGCCGGCCAGCAGGGCGUCACAGGCUCGCAUUGACCUCUCACUAGGCGCCUCUCUGCGCUCCUCCACUGCAGCCUCUGACCCAAACUGCGACCGCCUCUCUGCACGCCUGGUGAGCACGGAUAAUUGA